AUGAAAUAUAAAUUAGGAGGAAGAGAAUCAAGAAAAACAAAAGCACUGAUUAAUACAGCAAAAGAGAAAAAAACUAUAAAAAAACAAGAAAUACAAAAUGAAAAGAAACAAUUUUUAUUAAAAAACAAAAAUACCGUUAUAAUUAUGAUAUUUUUAAUAAUCUGUAUAAUAUUAAAUUUGGAUAUAAAUAUAAGUAAGAGUGCAAUAUUCCCAUUUAAACUAUUCAGUAUAUCACUAAUGAAAUACGGAAUAUUAGCAUACUUAAACGUGUUUACUGUUAUAAUAGCACUUUCAUUAUCAUUAGCACAUAAAAUUUUUAUAGAAAACGGUUAUUUCAAACAAAUAGGGUUAGCACUAACUGAAGCAUUUUUUGAUUUAACUGAUAAACUGUUAGAGUCAAACCUUAAUAAUGUAGAUAAUGUAGAUAAUAUAUCCUUCGGGUAUAUGGGACUUAAUUGGUUAUAUGUACGCGUCAAGCCAGAAUCAAUCGGUAUAGAAACAGUAAAGCAAAUGGUUUAUGAUACAGAGAAGUAUUUAAACGGUUAUUUUGAAAAAUUUAGAUCUAUCCUUAUAUGGAUAUCUUUGAUAUUUUCAGGUAUUUCUGUUUUGACAUAUAUACAUUUUAGUAUAAUUGGUGUUAAGUUAGUCACUGACAGUAUAACACUGCCCAUUGCUUCUGGAUUUAUUUAUAAUUUAUUAUUACGGGUUAUCCCAUUAAUGGCAGUUAUAUACGACAGGUUUACAUUUACAUCCACAAAGGGGGUUGUUUAUUACAGGAAUAGUACGUAUUUUAUUUCUAUAUUGGGAUAUUUUUCAGUUAUUUUUAUAAUUAAUAUUCUGAUAAAAUUAUCUGAAAAUUUUUGGAUUUAUUCAAUUUUUGAUAAUUUAAAAAUUUUAACGGUUUUAAUUAAUUUAAUAUCAGGUGCAUUUACUGUUAUAAUUUUAUUUUCAGUUAUUUAUAUGAUUAAUAAAGCACUAAAGAAUAAAUUAUUACAGUUGUAUGAGGAUAUAAUGAGAAAUGGGAUUGAAUCAUAUUGUGAUAGUAUAAUUAGUAUAAUUAAUAUUAUAUUAGUAAUUAUAACAGCAAUUACAGCUACACUGAUUAUAUAUAAGAUAAUAGUAUUAUUACUAUUAAAUAUGUCAGUAAACACAGUACAUACAGUAAAUAUAUAGAUUAUAAGAUAUAAAGCAGUUAAAUAUAUAGAUUA